AUGUUUCAAGAACAACAUCCUCAUGGCAAUUCAAGUGAUGAAGAGGAAUUAGAUAGUGAUCAUCAACUAGAACAUAAAUUGCCAUCCGAUAAUUUAGAUUUUGUUCCAACUUUCGUUAAAUUGAAACAAAUCAUUUUACUUCGACAUCGAAAUUUUGUUCAAUUACUCAAUGAAUUCAAUAUUACAUUAGAAAAGUUCACAAGAGAUGAACCUCAUUAUUUACGAUUUACUAUUGUACCGCAUUCGGAUUCAAAUAUCUUAUGGAAAGCACUUAUGCGUAUAGCAUGUUCGAAAAUUUCAAGAACCGAUCAAAGUAAAUCGAAUGAAAUCAUAUUGAAUUUACAACAAUUUUUAUCUGUACAUGAAUCAUUAAGUCAGCAAAUAUCUACAUUACAAUGUUCAGCUACAGCAUUAUAUAAUUCAUCACCAGGAGAUGAAAAUUCUUCAUUUACAACAGCAAAACUAUCUUUCAAUGUACCUAACGAUAAUGAAUGUUGUAUAUGUAUGGAUCGUAAACCAAAUUUAGUUUUGCCUUGUACACAUAGAUUUUGUGAUGAAUGCUUUCAACAAUGGUCUUCCCAAACAACAGCUACUUCAUCUCAUACAUGUCCGCUAUGUCGCGUCGAUGUAAACAGUGACAGUGGGUUUGUACUAGCCGAAACGCCAAAAUACGAUAAGGUCAAGAAGAUGCUUACUGAAUCUAUUUUAUCGUUGCCGAGUGAUUUAAAAAAUCGUGGUAAUGAUGGAACAUCAAUGACGGGAAGCUAUCGCGAAUGA